AUGCUUUUACGCCGCUCGCCGACAAUGGAGACGGUUUGCAUGCAAAUUGUGCUCGUGCUGCUGCUGCUGAUAGUUCACCGGCUGGAUGGUUCGCUUUCACCGGCACUGCAAGAUUUAAACCAGCCACAGCAACUUCCGGUCGACCUCGAACCAGAGUUCGAGGGCACCAUCCAGAACAUCUCGUCCCCAACCGGUCGGGAAGCGAUCCUGACCUGUUCGGUCAAGAACCUCGGCCGGUACAAGGUCGGUUGGUUGCGGGCUUCCGAUCAAACGGUGCUAGCGCUACAGGGCCGUGUCGUGACGCACAACUCCCGCAUCAGCGUCGUACACGAAGAUUUUCGCACGUGGCGAUUGCGUAUCCGACAGUUGCGUGAAUCCGACCGAGGUUGCUACAUGUGUCAGAUCAACGCCAGUCCGAUGAAGAAACAGAUCGGUUGCAUCGACGUGCAAGUUCCGCCGGACAUUAUCAACGAGGAAUCAUCAGCGGACAUUGCCGUGCAGGAGGGUGAAGAUGCCACGAUCGUCUGCAAAGCCGUCGGACAUCCAACGCCCCGCGUCACCUGGAAGCGAGAGGACGGCGAGUACAUGCUGCUGAGGAAGCCCCAGAGUCGCGAACUAAUACGAGUGGAAGCAUACAACGGUACCCAUCUACACCUGCCCAAGCUGGAGCGAAGACAAAUGGGCGCGUAUCUGUGCAUCGCAUCGAACGACGUUCCACCGGCCGUUAGCAAACGUGUAUCACUGAGCGUGCACUUUGCACCAUCGGUGCGGCCUACGAGUCAGCUGUUGGGCGCUCCGCUCGGUUCGGACGUGCAACUCGAGUGCACGGUGGAAGCAUCGCCAAUGCCCGUGUCCUACUGGUUGAAGGGUGGUCGCGUUCUACCGAACAGCUUUGCAAGCGCAUCGAACGGCAAUUACGAGCAGCCGAGCCUAAGCCGACCGGAAAUGUUGCUUGACGGACCCAAGUACGGCAUCACAGAGGAUCGACACGGGUUUCGCACCAACAUGCGCCUGGUGGUACGAUCGUUUUCACCGGCCGACGUUGGGACAUACCACUGUGUCAGCACUAACUCACUUGGUCGUGCCGAUGGCACCAUGAGACUGUACGAAAUAAAAAUUCAUCCGGGCGGUGUGCAAACAACGGACGAUCAAUUAAAUAUAAUUGGAGGUCUUGCGGAAGCAGCUCGGGGUCGUGGAAAUUCCGCUGCCAGCUCGCUACACCCCAACCGAACGCAUCAUGUUCUACCGAUGGUGCUGCUGCUGAUAGUAUCGCUGGCGUUCGGAACGAUACGAACGGUCAUUUCCGCCAGCAGCGAUAGCAACAGCCAACAUCGGAGCGGUAACAGAUGA